UCGGGCAUUUAGUUUAUUAGUUGAAAUUUAAUUUUAUUUGUAUUUAAAAGACAAUUAUUAUAAGUAAAUCGUAAAUGCGGCUCCUCAAGCCGGCUUGGGUGCAUCACGAUGACAAACAGAUAUUCUCGGUGGAUAUCCAUCAGGAUUGCACGAAAUUUGCGACUGGUGGUCAGGGCAGCGAUUGUGGACGCGUUGUCAUAUGGAAUCUGUUGCCGGUCCUCUCCGAUAAAGCAGAAUGCGAUGCGGACAUACCGAAGAUGUUGUGCCAAAUGGAUCAGCACUUGGCUUGUGUCAACUGCGUACGAUGGUCGCAAAAUGGCCAAAAUCUGGCCUCCGGUUCUGAUGACAAGCUUAUCAUGAUCUGGCGGAAAUGUGCCGGAUCAAGUGGAGUUUUCGGUUCUGGCGGCAUGCAAAAGAAUCACGAAUCCUGGAAAUGUUUUCACACACUGCGUGGGCAUAAUGGUGAUGUCCUCGAUUUGGCCUGGUCACCUAAUGAUGUCUAUUUGGCCAGCUGUAGCAUUGAUAAUACGGUGAUGAUCUGGGAUGCCCAGGCAUUUCCACAUUCCGUAGCCACUCUAAAAGGUCACACAGGGCUGGUGAAAGGAGUGUCCUGGGAUCCGAUGGGUCGCUUCCUGGCUUCGCAAUCGGAUGACAAAAGUAUUAAGAUCUGGAAUACGAUGGAUUGGAACCUUUCACACACCAUCACCGAACCGUUUGAAGAGUGUGGCGGGACAACGCACAUUUUAAGGCUUUCUUGGUCACCGGACGGUCAGUAUCUGGUCUCUGCACAUGCCAUGAAUGGCGGUGGACCUACCGCUCAGAUCAUUGAACGUGAGGGCUGGAAGUGUGACAAGGAUUUCGUUGGUCAUCGCAAGGCGGUGACAUGUGUAAGAUUUCACAAUUCUAUAUUAAGGCGUCAGGACAACGAUGGCAGUCCGAGUAAACCCUUGCAAUAUUGUUGCCUUGCUGUUGGGUCUCGUGAUCGCUCAUUAUCCGUUUGGAUGACAGCCCUGCAGCGACCAAUGGUUGUUAUCCAUGAACUGUUUAACGAUAGCAUCCUUGAUUUAUCCUGGGGUCCAAAGGAGUGCCUGCUAAUGGCCUGCAGUGGCGAUGGCAGUAUAGCCUGUUUAAAGUUCACAGAAGAUGAACUGGGCAAGGCCAUUUCCGAGGACGAAAAGAAUGCCAUUAUACGGAAAAUGUACGGUCAAAACUAUGCCAAUGGUUUGGGCAAGCACACUGCCCUCAUGGAGCAUCCACAGAGAUUAUUGCUACCUCACGGAGAUAAGCCCACGAAAUUCCCACUAAAUAACAAUAACGAGGGCACCCAGCGACCCAUUAGUAAGCAAACGGAAACAAGAACCAAGGAUGGCAAACGUAGAAUCACACCCAUGUUUAUACCUCUCCAUGAAGAUGGACCCACAUCAAUAAGUACACAUAUAGUGUCCAGCAGUGGAUCGGCGACAACAGCUUUAACUUCUUGCUCUGCGGCAGCCGCAGCAGUCUCGUCUGCUGUUCCAACGGAAAGCGCUGCAACUCCCCUGAUGCCGCUAGAACCUUUGGUUAGCAAAGCGGAUUUGGGUCGACUGGAUUCUAGAUUAAAAACUCAACCCGCUAGCCAGCGUCGGCAAUCAGUGCCCUUUGAUCCUGGCCAAAACAGCGAAUUGCCACGAUCUCCGCGAAUUGAAGAGCACCAAAGUAGUACCAAUGGUCCCAUCAAUCUCAAUGUCACAGCCACUGGAAAGAGUGAGUUUGUUAAGGCCGCUUUGGACUAUCGUGUCCAUGUUCAGAAUGGUUACUUAAAGACAAAUCACGGGAUGCUCGCAAAGGUCACUGCCUCGGAUUCAAAGGAAAUGCUUUGGGAAUUCUAUGUUGGAUCUCCGCUGGUAAAUCUCAAUCUGUGUGGAAAAUACGCCAUGCUGUGCUCUCUGGAUGGGAGUAUGCGACUGAUUUCCAUGGAGACGGGCUGUCCAGUCUUUCCUGCCAUCUCGCUAACUAGUUCAGCAGUACAUUGCGCCUUUAGUCCGGACAACAGCUUAGUGGGUGUGCUGACCGAGUGCGGAUUGCUGCGGAUAUGGGAUAUCGCCAAAAAGGUAAUUAGCUUGGCGGCCGGAUGCUUGGAGCUGUUAAACAAACACGGAACAGCAGUUCAGUUCUCGGUCACUGAUCAGGGUAUGCCAUUGAUUGGUUUCCCUAGCGGGAACUCAUACUCCUAUUCGACUAGUCUGCAAUCGUGGCUGGUGCUGGCCACCAAGGAUGCAAUCAUGUACCACGGCAUCCGCGGUACUCUCCCUAGGGACAUGGACCAAAUGCAGCAGAAAUUUCCGCUCCUCAGCAUGCAGGCCAGUAGUCAGAAUUACUUUUGUUUCACUGGCGGCAUGGAGCUGAGACAUUCGGAGAGCUGGCAGCAAAGUGCCAAAAUCCGCUUUAUCGAGAAUCAGAUCAAGUUGUGCGAGGCUCUUCAAUCGCUGGACGAAUUGCAGCACUGGCACAAAAUGCUCACCUUCCAGCUGGCCACCCAUGGCUCCGAAAAGAGGAUGCGUGUGUUCCUGGACGAUUUGCUUAGCAUUCCGGAGCCAGGACUAUCACAGUUCGUGCCAAAGUUGGAGUUAAUGCAGUGCUGUCUUGAUACUUUGAAACCACAUUCCGAAUGGCAGCGCCUGUACUCCGAGUACGUGGAACUGCUAAAGGAGUGCAAAUCUGAAAGGCAAAAGGAUAUCUUUGCCACACCCGCCCCACCACAGCCGAAAGCUGCUUCGUCAGCUGGAUCAUCUCCAAGCGGAGGGCCAGUUGGAGAUGAAGAAACCACAGAGCCUCAGAAAAAAACAACAAUACCAGGAGUAGUAGGAGUAGUAGGAAAGGGAGGCGAAGAGGGAUCACCAACGGCUGUGACAAGCACAAGCAAUACCACAACCACCACCGCCAGCAGCUCAAUUUCCUCUUCCGCUACGUCUUCAUCCGGCUCUGGUUCGUCCUCAUCAUCAUCAUCAUCCUCUUCAUCGCUGUCUGUGCCACAGCUUGCUCCUAGUCUCUCGCCAGACAUACAAAUCUUAGACUCACCUAUCGUCUGCAUCGAUGAUGAGCUGUUGUCGGCCUCAUCAUCUCCACCUCCGUUGGAUACAUCUCCCGUGGAGGUUUCGCCAACGUCCAUUUCCGUGGGAGCUGCCUCAACAUCUCCAGUCGCAGCUUCAGUAGCGGAAGCUGCUCCAGUUUCCAGUUCCACAGCCGCUGAAACGGAUCAGACAUGAGACGAAAGACUCCUAUCCCUAAUAAAACUCUUUAAUGAUGUUUAUUUCUCUAAGCUAUAAGCGUUAAGUGUAAAACCUUUUCUACCGAAUAUUAUUAGGAACUUUUUAUUCCUCCUGCCUCAAAACAAAAAAAAAAAGAGACAUCAGUUAUUAUAAAUCAUUAAAGCUCAGUGAAAGGUGUACUGAUUGAAGCAUA